AUGGCGUCCAUCGUGGAAGGGCCGCUGAGCAAAUGGACUAACGUGAUGAAGGGCUGGCAGUACCGUUGGUUCGUGUUGGACUACAAUGCAGGGCUGCUUUCCUACUACACGUCCAAGGACAAAAUGAUGAGAGGCUCUCGCAGAGGAUGUGUUAGACUCAGAGGAGCUGUGAUUGGUAUAGACGAUGAGGACGACAGCACCUUCACAAUAACUGUUGAUCAGAAAACCUUCCAUUUCCAGGCUCGUGAUGCUGAUGAACGAGAGAAGUGGAUUCAUGCAUUAGAAGAAACAAUUCUUCGGCACACUCUUCAGCUUCAAGGUUUGGAUUCGGGAUUUGUUCCUAGUGUUCAAGACUUUGAUAAGAAACUUACAGAGGCUGAUGCUUACCUACAGAUAUUGAUAGAACAAUUAAAGCUUUUUGAUGACAAGCUUCAAAACUGUAAAGAUGAUGAACAAAGAAAGAAAAUUGAAACUCUCAAAGAGACAACAAAUAGCAUGGUAGAAUCAAUUAAACACUGCAUUGUGUUGCUGCAGAUUGCUAAAGACCAGAGUAAUGCGGAGCAACACGCAGAUGGACUUAUAAGUACUAUUAAUCCUGUAGAUGCAAUAUACCAACCUAGUCCCUUGGAACCUGUGAUCAGCACAAUGCCUUCCCAGACUGUGUUACCUCCAGAACCUGCUCAGUUGUGUAAAUCAGAGCAGCGUCCAUCUUCCCUACCCGUUGGACCUGUAUUAGCAACCUUGGGACAUCAUCAGACUCCAACACCAAAUAGUACAGGUACAGAUUUGUAUAACCAUUAUUCUUCAGGAUCUGCCUCAGUCUUAACACAUAGCAGCUCGGGAAAUAGCCUAAAGCGCCCAGAUACCACAGAAUCACUGAAUUCUUCCAUGUCCAAUGGAACAAGCGAUGCUGACCUUUUUGACUCACAUGAUGACCGGGACGACGAGGGGGAGGCAGGCUCAGUGGAGGAGCACAAGAGUGUUAUCAUGCACCUCUUGUCACAAGUCAGGCUUGGCAUGGAUCUCACUAAGGUAGUUCUUCCAACAUUUAUUCUUGAAAGAAGAUCUCUUUUAGAAAUGUAUGCGGACUUUUUUGCACACCCGGACCUGUUUGUGAGCAUUAGUGACCAGAAGGAUCCCAGGGAUCGCAUGGUUCAGGUUGUGAAAUGGUACCUCUCAGCCUUUCAUGCAGGAAGGAGGGGAUCAGUAGCCAAAAAGCCAUACAAUCCCAUUUUGGGUGAAAUCUUUCAGUGUCAUUGGACAUUACCAAAUGAUACUGAAGAAAACACAGAACUAGUUUCAGAAGGACCAGUCCCCUGGGUUUCCAAAAACAGCGUCACAUUCGUGGCUGAGCAGGUCUCCCAUCAUCCACCCAUUUCAGCUUUUUAUGCCGAGUGUUUCAACAAGAAGAUACAAUUCAAUGCUCAUAUCUGGACUAAAUCAAAAUUCCUAGGGAUGUCUAUUGGGGUGCACAACAUAGGGCAAGGUUGUGUCUCAUGCCUAGACUAUGACGAACAUUACAUUCUCACAUUCCCCAACGGUUAUGGAAGGUCUAUCCUUACGGUGCCCUGGGUGGAAUUGGGAGGAGAAUGCAGUAUUAAUUGUUCCAAAACAGGCUAUAGUGCAAAUAUCGUUUUCCAUACUAAACCUUUCUAUGGAGGAAAGAAGCACAGAAUUACUGCUGAGAUUUUUUCUCCAAAUGACAAGAAGUCGUUUUGCUCAAUAGAAGGGGAAUGGAAUGGUGUAAUGUAUGCGAAGUAUGCAUCAGGGGAAAACAUGGUCUUUGUAGAUACCAAGAAGUUGCCUAUAAUCAAAAAGAAAGUAAGGAAGUUGGAAGAUCAGAAUGAAUAUGAAUCACGCUGCCUUUGGAAGGAUGUCACUUUCAAUUUAAAAAUUAGAGACAUUGAUGCAGCAACUGAAGCAAAGCACAGACUUGAAGAAAGACAAAGAGCAGAAGCCCGAGAAAGAAAGGAGAAGGAAAUUCAAUGGGAGACAAGGUUAUUCCACGAAGAUGGAGAAUGCUGGGUUUAUGAUGAACCAUUACUGAAGCGUCUUGGUGCUGCGAAGCAUUAGGUUUGGGAAACACAGAGCUUGCACCUGAUGACCAGGGUAGUAGGCAUAAAUAACUAAGCAACAAUCUUCCUUUGGGAGAACCUAUCACUCCCUUCUUAUUGCAGUGGUUCCUAUCUCAGGGAUACUGGACUUUCCAGCGCAGAUGAACAAUUAAAACAGGAAAAGCCUCCCAUUUUUUUUUCCUCUGUGGCAGUUAAAAUUUUGACUUCAGUCUUGAGCAAAACUAUAGGUUUUGAAACAAAUCCCAUGCUUUUGAAAGCAUUUAUGAACCCAAGUCUCUCACUCUGCACUCUAGUUCCAAUGUUAGACAUACAACCUGUUUCCUAGGUCAUAUAAUCUUGGGUUCUAUACAUAUACAUAUAUACACACAUAUAUAUAUAUAUACACACACACACAUAUUCGCACAUAUAUAAAUCUGAUGACAGUUUUUUCGUAAAUACUUCCAUUUCUUGUAAAUACUGGUUCCUCUGAAUUUAGAUAAUUAGCGCAAUGUAUGAAAAUCAAGUGUUAGGAAAUUUCAUGAUUUCUCCUAUAACGACUUUUAUUUUGGAAAUGAACUAUUAAAUUGUACCUAACCUG